AUGCGCCAGCUGCACUUUGAAGUCCAAGGUGUAGACAUUCGCCCCCCUGCUGGUGUUGUCUACACAAGGCUGACGCGUGUCAACUCCCCCCAACAGCACGAGCCUUCUUCCAUCCCUCCCCCGCAGCAGGCAAUGACAGACAACGCUACCCAGCAGUCCGGUUUGUGGAGACCGUGGACUGGAAAUGAGGACAAAACUGCCAAACACAAGGCUCACUCCAUGCAUGGAGAUCUUACAGAUGCAAAGCAACCCAAACCUCCUCAGUUCAUUCAUCCAGUGAAGUUGUACUGGCCGAAAUCGAAAUGUUUCGAUUAUCUGUACCAGGACGCAGAAAUGCUCCUGCGCAACUAUCCGGUCCAAGCGACCAUCUGCCCGUAUGAAGACUCCAGCAGCGAUGAAGACAGCGAGGAUGAAGAGGAGGAAGUGGAGAAGGAGCUGAACUAAAACGUCGCUCAUUGGAGACUUUGGAGACAAACUGUUGCAUAAUGUGAUAAUUUAUACUUCUCUUUAUUUAUUUCUGUAAAUACUUGUAAAUAGACCGUUUUUUUCAUUCCUAUACCAAAC